ACCCUUGUAACAUCUUACUCUCGCGGUCCUGACCAUGGCGCUCCGUUAUCUCACCGCCAAGGUUGCACAGCAAAUCGACGAAGAGCUCAUGAACUCUGCUGGGGCCUUCAGUCUCGACCAGCUCAUGGAGCUGGCUGGCUUAGCAUGCGCUCAGACUCUGGCCAAGGCCUACAAUAAGGAGAAAUACCCUCGUGUCCUCGUCUGCUGCGGUCCUGGUAAUCAGGGUGGGGAUGGAUUGGUCGCUGCAAGGCAUCUUGGUAUGUUUGGGUAUCAGCCUACCAUUUACAUGCCCAAGCCGGGAUCGAAAGACAUAUAUAAGCGUCUACACAAGCAAUGCUCUAACAUGAAGAUUUCUACGCUGCCUCCUGAAGUCUCCCCUGACUCUUUGCGAGAUGCUCUAUCAUCUUCUGAUGUCGUGUUGGACGCCAUUUUCGGUUUCUCUUUCAAAGGACCUGUCCGCGCACCCUUCGACUCUGCCCUCCAGUUAAUCUCUUCCUCACGAGUUCCGAUUGUCUCCGUCGAUAUUCCAAGUGGAUGGGACGUCGAGAAAGGAAAUGCAGAGGGCGUGGGUUUAAACCCAGAUGUCUUGAUCAGUCUGACAGCCCCUAAGGAGGGCGUCAGGUCGUUUGGGGGAAGACACUUCCUUGGUGGGAGAUUCGUGCCAAUAUCAAUGGCGGAAAAGUUUGAACUCAAUUUGCCCAACUAUCCUGGGUUCGAUCAAAUUGUCGAGUUGCCCAGGGCAGACUCUCAGAAAUUGUAAGAUAAACAGGAAGUUUGUACCACUAGAAAGUAAAUGCAAGGAACCAUACUUCAGUGUUAUUCGGAGUUAUGUCAUUGGGUGUCGCCGGUGACAAGAAAGUCCCUGUUUUUCUAGGUUUCAACAGCAGUUGAGAGUUGAGAGUUGAGAGUUGAGCUUCAUUAGAACCAUACCAAGAAAUGCUAUGUUAUCUGCUUUCCCACUUUCUCUGACUGCUUCACUUGUAUUUUUGUAGACAAUCCGAUCAUUCCU